AUGAAAACCAGCAGUGAACCGCUAAUUGUUUUUCACGUCUUGUGGCGCCGAAGUAACGAAUAAAGUGGUGUUUUUUCGGCGAAAGACAUUAUAAGACAAAACAGCGUUUGGUGAAGGUGGGAGUUUAUUUAUAAAGUUCGUCUGAAUUUGCUAGCUGGAUACAGUACUGUAGUUUACUGGCUGAAGAAGAACAGACGGCUAUGGGAAGUUGACUGGCACCAUAUAUACUCUAGUUGUGUGGAGUGUGAACAUCCCUAAGGUGGCAGCCAUGCAGUCAGUGUUGAACUCUGAACUACACAAGUGUCAGGAUUCAAGUCAAUGUCGAGUAGAUCUUAAGUUGUCUCACUUGGACUGGAACCCUGAAGCGACCCUGAUCUACUUCCAAGGACAGUACCUGACCAUCUAUGAGCUUGACUAUCACAUCUUGCAGCAGGAGAUCGAGAACACACCAAAGAUCAAUGCUGAGGUGGACAUUGGAAAGUUUUGCCUGGUAGAAGACCCCAACACAGCCCGCUGGUACAGAGGAAGGGUUGAGGGCUGUAAAGAUGGCGUGUUUGACGUGUUCCUCAUAGAUCAAGGCAAUGUCAUGAGUGUGGACGCGGCUCACAUGUCCGCAUGCUCAGAUGAUUUCCUCACGUUGCCUCCGAAGAUAGUUUGUGGCUUUCUAGCAAACGUGUUGGCGCUCCACAGUUACUCUGACCGUGGCGUGGUGAAGUACCUCUCGAGCCUGAUUGGGAGAAACAUCACAGGUUACGUUCAAGCUCUUUUGCCUCACCAGGUCCUCCUGCUGGAAGUCCCGGAUGUCAACAACGAGCUUGUUAAGCACGGCUUUGGAAAGCACAUGGACAGAGACACCUUCCUUCUUUUGGUGGAGCUUCUCAUUGAGGCGCCACUGAAACAAAACAUUGACGAGUUUAGCAGACAGGAACUUUGCUACAAAUCAUCUGCACUGCAGGUCUAUGAGCAAAUGUUGUCCUUUUGUGGGCCCAGGAUGGCUUGUGGUAGUCGGGCUGAAGUUAGAGUAACGGCUGCUGUCAGCUCAGGACUUUUUUACUGCCAGGUUGCCUGCAUGGGAACUUAUCUUCGUGAUGUGUCAAAGAAGUUGGCCGCAGUGUGCGAGAAUGGAAACAAAGGAGACCGUCAGAAGAAUCAAGAAAACCUGGGUCUUCUGUGCUCAGUGAAGAGCAAAAAUGGAAAGUGGUACAGAGGCUUUGUGCAGUUACUGGCGGUCAGCUCACUAGCGCGAGUGUUCUUCAUUGACUAUGGAUUCUCUGAGAGUGUUCAACUUCACAAUGUCCAGAAGUUGCCGCCUGAUUUCUACUCCAUCCCGAUCAUGGCCUUCCCGUGCUCGCUUUCUGCUCUGGCGGCUAUGAAGGAGGAGGUCAAAGGUAAGCAGUUAGGAUUCCUCAAGGAAGGCCUGCUGGGGAAACUGUUAGAAGUGAAGAUUGACAGUUUUGACGAAGAGCACCAUCUCUACUUCAUCACAGUGGUUGCUUCUGCACAAAUUGUAACAAACGAUCCUGGCCAACGACUCCCCCCAAUAAAAGCUGAGUCAUGCUUAGCUGCAGAAAAGGUGGGCCCCCAGGCCUUCCCCUGUUUUUACAAGACUGUCAUAGGCCGUGAGCUUGUUAAAACUCUGAAAGAGGAGGAGUUGCAGCUGGAUUCUGCGUUUGAGGGCUACCUGGAGCUGGCGCUAAGUCCAAGUAACUUCUGGAUUCGAACACAGAAACGGAAUAAUGAGUUUCAGGAAAUGAUGAAGAAAAUAUUGGAACACUUCCGUCACGUGGCACUGGAUGAGGACAUUCUGUUGAACCCCGAACCAGGCACGCUGUGCUGUGCAUUGUAUGAAGCGGACAUGCAUUUCUACCGUGCCGUGGUCACUGACAGACUUCAACACGGAGCCCAAGUUCUCUUCAUCGACUUUGGCAACACGGAGAGAGUCCCUUACGGACUGAUCAAGAAGAUUCCACAGACAUUUGCCAGCAUAUCGGCAUUUGCCCUCUGUUGUACUCUUGUCAACGUUAUACCUUUGGAUGAUGUUUGGACCUGCUCCAACUCUGACUUCUUCAGAGAGGCCAUCUCCAACAAAGCCCUGCUCAUCCGCCUUGUCCACAUAACGCAACACAAAUGUGUGGUGGAGCUCCACGAGAUGGGAGGUGGAAACAGUCGGAGUAUUAGCGAGCUCCUCGUUUCUGCCAAACAAGCUGAAUACUGGAGAAACAUUCCCGUAGAACCUGUGGUGGAAAUCAACACCCGAGCUCAGCAGAACAUCUCCAAUGAGCCACCGGAGCAAAGUCUGGCGACAGAAGACAAUUUUCAAGAGUCCUUUAUCUACUCAUCGUUUGGUUUAACCUCCAACAGCGAGGUACAUGUCCACGUUACCCAUGUUAGCAGUAAGUGGGACAUCUACUGUCAGCUUGAACGCAACACGGAAGUCCUCAAUGACCUUGAGGUGAAGAUCUCAGAGGAACGCGAGAAAGUGAAGCAUGUCGGUAUGGAAGAUGUUGCAAAGAAAGUGUGCCUGGCCAAGUACUUGGAUGGAAAGUGGUACAGAGGUUUGGUCCACUCUUCUCUCUCUCCUCUGCAUUUCAGUGUCUUCUUUGUCGAUUAUGGAAACUCGUGUAUUUCUGAGAAAAGCCACGUGGUGUCCAUUCCCACAGACUGUGAGCAUUUGUUGUCCACCCCCGUUCAAGCUUUGAGGUUCAACCUUAUCGGCGUGUCCAGGAAGGUGUUCUUCAUGGAGGUGAAGAAAUGGCUGGAUGGGGCGGUCCUCAACAAGCAGCUGAGAGCCGUCAUAGUGAGGUCAUGUGAUGAUGCCUCAUUUGACGUGGAGCUCUUUGACGGAGAUCUAAACAUCAAUGGCAAAGUGACGGAGCUCAUUAACAGCCUUUCAUCCGACCCAAAGUCAGUCUUGACUUUCAGCCAAACUUACGCCAACAAAGACCACAAAGAAAGAGGAUCCACGUUGGUCAAGUGGAAGAACUUUCCCAAAAAGAAGGCUUACUCUUACUGGAUGUUUAACAAACAGCGAGGUUUUAAUGCCAAGAUGGCAUCCCAGCGAAGGAAGGACCACGUUGAUGUGAGCGCUAAGAAGCACAAGACAAAACAUCAAACUGCAAAGACAACCGCUACUAGAAGCACUUAUCUAGCAAAGCCUCAAAAAGACCCCGAAGCCCCUCAGGUACAAAACCAAACUCCAAGGUCGGAUGAUGAAACAGAAGCACUUCGAGCGAACGUACGCCCUCAACUGUCAUGUCUGCCAAAGAGAAAGGAGGUAGCAGGUUCCAGCAUGACAUGUUUCGCUACACACGUCAACUCGGUCAAGGACUUCUUCCUUCAGCUCUCAGACGAUGAAGCUGCCAUCUUGAAAUUGGUGGAAGAAAUGAACUCCAACCUUCUUUCCUUGAGGGCGGCACUUUCUGUGAGAAUCGCCGACCUCGUUCUGGCUCGGUAUGACGAGGACGGAUCCGUGUACCGCGCAGUGGUGACGGCUCGUGAGGGCAACUCCCGUUUCAAAGUGGACUUCCUGGACUAUGGGAACUCUGGAGUUGUUGAGAAGGAGAAGAUCUUCAGGUUUUCUCAGGAGUUUCUGUCUCAGCCGCCGUUCAGCAUUCGGUGUUCCCUGAGGGACUCCAGCCUUUACCACAGCGAUGCUUCUUUCACCGAUGCCAUUAUGGAGAUACCACUCAGGGUUCAUUUUGUCCAAAAACAUGAACGUCACUGGGAAGUGGACGUGGAGGUUCUCAACCAAGCAGAAUCCUGGAUGAAAGUGGAUGCUCAUACUGCACAUUCCUCUUACCAUGAAGCCAAAGUCAAGUGUGACAUCACAGAGACAAGUUCACCUCAGACUCUGGCCUUUGCUCCGGUCUCCCUGGACAAAGAAUACUCGGGCUUUGCCGCUGCAGUGACCACGCCCUCAGACUUUUGUGUUGUCCUCAAGGACUCUCUCCCGCUGAUGAACCAGGUGACCAUCAUGUUGGAGGAGCUCUCAGAGGAGCCGCCACUUCUUCCCAAACGUUCCCUCAUGCCUGGCAACAGCUGCUUGUUUCAGUUUGACCUCAACACCAAGUGGUGCCUCGCAGAAAUUGUCCAGGUGGACCCCUCUGUGGUCCUGAACCUAGUGGACUACGGCCUCCGUGUACAUGUACCCUAUGAAGACUGCAUCAGCUUGAGGAGCCUUCCAGAUGCUCUAAUGAACCUCCGAAAGAGGGUGUACCCCUGCUGCCUGCGGGGGGUGACACCGGCUGGAGGGGACUGCCAGUGGAGCCAGGAGGGAUCGGUCUACUUCCAGGAGUGUUUGGACCAGAACUUUUAUGUUGUCUUUCGAGAAGGACUGUCAAACUGGGUGGUGGAUAUUCUGGUAGAUGGCGUCCAUGUUGCCAAACGGCUGGUGGACGCCGGACUGGCCAAGUACACGGAUGCCGGACUGGCCAAGUACACGGAUGCCGGACUGGCCAAGGACAGGGACGCCGGACUGGCCAAGGGCACGGACGCCGGACUGGCCAAGGGCACGGACGCCGGACUGGCCAAGGGCACGGACGCCGGCUACAGGUUCCCUGGGCCAAUUUCCAGUUCACCCCAGAGCCCCAGCAUGCAGGAAGAAGACAGCCUAGAGGUUUCUGAGCAGGACUCUGCAGGAGGUUCUGAUGGGGCCAAGACGCCACCGAGUGAGGAGGUGUCCAGCAGCCAAUGUGUUCUCAUGUGACAGCGGCGGCGAGGGUCACCAGGGUCGCGGGUAUGCCGGAGCCUAUCCCAGUUGACUUGGGCCGAGAGGUGGGGUCCACCCUGGACUGGUCACCAGCCAAUCACCGGGCACGUAUGUGUACUGGGUCUCAUACCAGCAUAAUGAAAAAUGACAUUUGGCUUUUAGAGCCACGUUUUAGCGAUGGACAUUCAGUACUUUCACUCGUUUUUCCAAGAUGUUAUGGAAUAUGUAAAUCAUAUUUAAAUCAGGAAACAGAAAAAAACAAAACAAAGAUGAAGGUUGUGAAUGUUUUU